CCAUGUCUGACUAGUGGCUGUAUUGUCCAGUCUUGUCUGACUAGUGGCUGUAUUGUUCAAUCAUGUCUGAAUAGUGGCUGUGUUGUCCAGCCAUGUCUGAUUAAAGACUGUAUUGUCCAGUCAUGUCUGACUAAUGACUGUAUUGACCAGUCAUGUCUGAUUAAUGACUGUAUUGACCAGCCAUGUCUGACUACUGGCUGUAUUGACCAGCCAUGUCUGACUACUAGCUGUAUUGUCCAGUCUUGUCUGACUUGUGGCUGUAUUGACCAGUCAGGUCUGACUAGUGGCUGUAUUGUCCAGUCAUGUCUGAUUAAUGACUGUAUUGUUCAGCCAUGUCUGACUACUGGCUGUAUUGACCAGCCAUGUCUGACUAGUGGCUGUAUUUUCCAGUCAUGUCUGACUAGUGGCUGUAUUGUCCAGUCUUGUCUGACUUGUGGCUGUAUUGUUCAGUCAUGUCUGACUACUUGUCUGACUACUGGCUAUGUUGACCGGCCAUGUCUGACUAAUGACUGUAUUGUCCAGUCUUGUCUGACUAAUGACUGUAUUGUCCAGUCUUGUCUGACUAGUGGCUGUAUUGUCCAGUCCUGUCUGACUAGUGGCUGUAUUGUCCAGUCAUGUCUGACUUGUGGCUUCAUCGCCCAACUAUGUCUGACUAGAGCUCUAGACUUGUUUAGAUUGUAUUCACCAGUCAUGUCCUGUGGAAGAGCUUGA